UUUCAAAAGUGUGCUGUAUACUACAGUGACGCUUACGUCAACUAUGCGAUUAUGAGCAGCGCACCAAGAAAAGAUAAAAAAUCAUGUCAAUCCCCUGAAACAAACACGGAUUUAGCAAAGAACCGAAACUAACAAACAGGGGUAACAUCUGAUAUAAAUUGUCACUGGUUGUAUAUCGAGCGCAGAUCGAUCAAGUAAAUCUAGAACAGUGAAUAUACCGGUUUUAGCGUACUCACCCAAGCCAGUGAAAUUACAGCUUGUUGUGAGAAGAAUGAAUAAUGUUUGCCUUGUUAAAUUGCCUAUCAAUUCUAAUCAAGAUUUUUUUUCGUCAUUAGUCAACCAAACAGCACAGCUUUUAUUUUUUUAUUUAGUCUCACAUUCAUGUACUCAUAAAACUACUCACUAUGUUGACUGACUUGUACUAAGCGGUGAAAGUGAUUGAUUUGAGGUGAUUGCGCAAGAGAAAGACCAAUGGCAUAACCAUUGAUAGUAAACAUAUUCUAUCCUGUUGCUAUAAAUGAAUCUCCCAUUGUAAUAAACUUACCAGAACGUACGGGAACAGACCCCCUCCAGCAAGGAAAUCUCACCACACUUGGGAAUUCCAAGCUAGAUGAUAAUACUCGCUUGCGAGAUUCGCAUUCUCUCAAACACGAACAUUCCGCGUCGGGUGGCGAGUAUUUUAAAAGGCAAAUGUUGUAUGAACAUCCAUUCAGUUAUAAUUUAGAUUUCAAUCAGUACGGUGUACAGUCAAGUCGCAAAAUGUUCGUCAGUAAUGUAAUUUUGCUUCUGGUUCUGACCAUUUUCGAUGGUCAAAUUCGUGGUGCGCCGGUGGAGCAUAGAUUGGAAGAUGUGUUGAUAUUCGAUAGAGAUCCCGAUCAACCUCCGAACACGGUCGAGCUUGCAGAUCCAACAAAACCUAUCAAAGUUCCUUCGAUAUCUGAAGAUGACGCAGAGGUGAUACUGAAGGGACUUGGCUAUAACGAAUCCGAGCCGGACGAGUUUGGAGUGUCGAAAAGAUUCAACUUCGGUCAGGAUCUAUCGUUUGAGGAAAUGGUUCGAAACUUUCAACGAUCGGUUGGCUUAGAAGAGACCGGGCAGUUGAACGAUGAAACCAAAGUGACUAUGGCAGCUCCACACUGCGGAACACGAAGUGCGGAGAAACGGGGAGAUAAUGCCAAAUGGGCUAAACGGUUGAUAAGCUACAGGAUUCGGGAUUAUCCUGCAGGUGCAUCAUCCUCAUUUGUCCGCAGCAUGAUGAAGCGUGCCUUCAGCGAGUGGAGUAAAGUGACGAAUUUGGACUUUGUCGAAAGCAACGAUCGAAGCGCAGAUAUCGAAGUCAACUUUGGAGGAGACUCACAUAACCGACGGGACAGGCGGUGCACGUUCGAUAGUUCCUCUACGAUGGCACAUGCAUACUAUCCAGAAGACGGGGAUUUGCACUUCAACUCCCGAUACUUUUUCGAAAAUUCAAAUUACAGGGAAGACUUCCUGGACACCGCAAUGCAUGAAAUCGGUCAUUCUCUGGGGUUGGAGCACACAAACCAGAAAGGGGCCCUGAUGCAUCCUACGGAUAUGAAUCGCUACACGGAACCGCAGCCUGACGAUGUGAGGCGGAUACAAAAACUAUACGGAUCUCGGAGAGGUGGUCGAGCGCUUGGAAAUACUGCAGCCCCUCGGUUAUGCACCGUCACAAAAUACGACGCCGUUGUCGAUGAUUCCAGCGGAACCUGGUCGAUUCUAGCUGGCAAGUAUUAUUACGAUCCGCAUGCCAGCAAUCCCACCGGUAAGCUCAUAUCCAGCCGAUGGCCUGGUCUACCCGGGGACAUUGAUGCCGCUUUCCGAUACCCCGACGGACGGGUAUACUUUUUCAAGGGUGACCGCUUCUGGCGGUACCGGGGCAACCGACUGGAGGCUGGCUAUCCACGGAGGAUCUCCGAAGGCUUCCCUGGACUACCGAACAACAUCGACGGAGCGUUCGUUGAUUCGCGAAACAAAAUUUUUGCACUGAAGCAAAAUAAGUACUGGGUGUACAAUUCGAAUGAGAAAACCGUGCCGUCCUUUACGCUGAGUUCUUUGGGUUUGCCGAAUAACAUAGAUGCGGCAAUAGGAACGGGUAACACGUUCGUUGUAUUCAAAGGAAACACUUUUUACAAGCUUCAAAACGGUAAAUUUAAGGAUUUUAAGAAUAAAUGGAUGCAAUGUUGAUAAGAAAUUGUUCGAUGUGUGAAUGUCUGAAACAACUGAAACAAAACUGAAUAUCCGAAAGUCGAGCGUAUUAUAUAAGGUGUGGUGAGGCACAAUGUUUUCUC